UGGAGCGGCAGCCGGUUCCGUCAACUGCAUGUAGCAUUGGUUCGCCUAGCCGUAAAAAGCUGAGGAUCGCGAGGCGACAGCAAACAAACAGCCUGUAUUCGCCAUGCGAGUAAAGAUCCUCUGUUUCUACGUUUUUGUUGAUCAGCCAUAAAAGUAGGUGGGAGAACGGCGGGCGAAUGAAUGAGAACGGCCAAAGUGACCUUGUGACUCCUUAAACCGUCAUUAUCAUCAACACGAACAUCACCAACAGCACACAUCCGCCGACGCGGCAUCAUCGGACAGCCAGAUGCAGCACGCAAACCGACAGCGCCGACGGCGGCGUGAGCGUUUCGGCAGUGCGUCGGCGGCAACUAGACGACGACGACGACAACAGGCAACACUGGAACGGAGCACAGCGGACUCCACAACAGAAUCGUUGGCUGUAUUAUACAUACGCUGUUUAUGGUAUGAGCGGUGUCUUCUCGUCGCUGAGGAGCUUCCGUCAGGUUUUCGCAGAGACAAACGUCCGAACAAGACGCUGCUCGUGUGCCAUCGUUCAAAAGACGCCCCUCGGUACAACAGCAAGGAUAUUUGCUGCUCUGCGUACAGCCAUUUCUCUAUCUAUAUCUGUAUAUGUCGUAUUUAUAUAAAUGUAGUGCUUAGACGUGCGUGUGCAUAUAGCCGUGCAUAGGCAUAUGUUCCUGCGUAUGUUUCCAGCGUCACCAUUGGGUAAGAGCGCGAGUCCUGUCCAAUCUAUGUUACUACUCUUAAUUUGUCUCGGCAUCAAAUGCCCAAACGGUCACAAACGCAGUGAUAAAAACGAACACUUUUUAAAGAAGAAGAAAGGCCAGUUGCUCUGUCGUGAAGAGACGAAUGAAUCUGACGGGCGAGUAUGAAUUGGUGCAAUGGGAUCCGUUGUUUUUGCAGUUCUCCUGCGGAUCUAACGAGCUGUAUAUAUGAGUGAAACGUCACGGGCGGGACUCACGUGUGUAGAGGUGAUCGAAGUCAUGGGGGAUAGUUAGCUCAAGGAACACUGCUAAUGCGAACAGCAGCGCUUGCAUCAUCAAUAGUGUGAUACAUUAAGCGGACAAGUCAAUAUAAAUCCCGUUUACAAACGACGGGCAUAAGCGGCAGUAUUACGAUAACGGUUACUUGUGAAUAAUCUGCCUCCGUUCUACUAACGUACGGAAGCUACCUUGAAGCUAAUUGAAAACGAACCCGUAGGAUCUGAAAUAACGUUACAGCACAGACAAUCCACCUUCAGAAGAACUGGCAUAAAGUUUUAAUUGCCAGAGCGUGGCUUUCCGAAAGUACGACCACGUACCAAGCAUAAGCUUGAUAGGGUUCUGUUUGAUAUUCGCUUCAUGCCGGAAGCCAGCUACUCGAUGUAAUGCUAACGCAACUCCGGACACGGAACAAAAAAACAUUAUCCUUUUUCAUGAAGCCACUGCAGUUACAAUUUGGGAUCACGUAGCAAAGUUUUCCGCAGGUCCGCUGGCCAUCGGUGCUGAAAGUUCUUCUGUUCGGUCCCCGACUACGACAAAUGGGCAGCCAGCAGGUCCAACAGAACCCGUCUUAACUUCAGCUAGCGGCAGUUAGUCUCCAGUUUGCGCAACUUAUUGUCGGCGAAACGCCUACGGAUGGCUACUUCAUUCGUUGUCGGAGUCGAUGUAGGUUCAAGGUCAGCUAGAGCUGCGCUCGUUACAUUGAGAGGCAACCUCGUUCGCAAAGCAGAUCGUCCCCUCGAGGUCAGGGAACAAAAGGGAGAAAUCUUCGAACAAAACGCAGACCAGAUUUGGAAUGCUAUUUGUGAAUGCGUACGUGAGGUGGUCUCGUCAGUUAGUGUGGACGAUAUUAAAGGAAUCGGAUUUGAUGCCACGUGCUCACUUGCAAUUGUCGACGUUGAAGGCCGGCCUGUCUCGGUAUCGGCAGACGGGGAUGACCGAUUCAACGUAAUCAUGUGGUGUGAUCACCGAGCGCGCGACGAAGCUGAACUAAUAAAUCGAGGAGGUUACCAGGUGCUUAGGCGGGUAGGAGGACGUAUCUCCCCCGAAAUGGAACCCCCGAGACUUUUGUGGUUAAAGCGACACAUGCCCCAUUCAUUCCAAAGGAUCAAGCACGCGUUCGACUUGCCAGACUACCUCACCUACAGGGCCACAGGUUCCCUUUCGCGAAGUCUAUGCUCUCUGACAUGUAAAUGGACGUAUGACGCCCAAAAAGGGUGGGACAAGGCUUUUUGGCGAGAAAUCGGUCUGGAGGAAAUAGCCGACAACCCGGAGAUAAUCGGCAAGCAAAAUGAGGUUCGGUAUCCGGGUGAUUUCCUGGGGACGUUGAGCAAAAAUGCGGUCAAGGAUCUCGGGUUGAGUAGUCAGACAAAAGUAGGAGCCUCAGUAAUCGAUGCCCAUGCUGGGGUGCUGGGAAUGCUAGGGGCGUUUGCUAAAGGUGUCAGCUCCGAACCUACCACUAGGUUAUGCUUGAUCGCGGGGACCUCAACCUGCCAUAUGCUGCUCAGUAAAAAAGAAAUAUUUGUAAAUGGAGUCUGGGGUCCGUACGAGGGAGCCAUUUUUCCAAACCUGUAUUUAGCUGAAGCAGGACAGUCAGCAUCGGGUAUGUUCCUCGAUCAUUUGCUGAUGACGCACAGCCGCUACAAUGAAGCAUUGGAGAAUUCGAAACGUUUCGGUCUACAUAUUGUGGAGUUUGUGACUCAAAUUCUCGAGAAUAUGGCCUCAUCAAACAGAUGCUCAGUUGAUGAACUUACCAAAGAUUUACAUGUCUAUCCAGACUAUCAUGGAAACCGAUCACCACUGGCUGACCCAAACAUGCGGGGCAUGAUUUCAGGCCUCGAACUGUCGAAUACCGAGGAAGAUUUGGCAAUAUUAUUUCUAGCGGGUGUCCAAGCCCUAGCUUAUCAGACGAAACAGAUUGUUGAUCAGCUGGAAAAGCAAGGCCACCGAGUUGAGUCGCUGCUUCUUUGUGGGGGACUAAUUAAUAACCCACUUUAUGUUGCUGCGCACGCGAACGUCCUCCAACGACCCGUCCUCGUGCCAGACGAAAACGAAGUCGUUCUAAUUGGAGCGGCCGUACUUGCUGCCCGCGCCUUGGGCUGCUUUCAGGAUCUAUGGGAAAGUAUGAGGGAGAUGUCGGGUAGAGCAACAAUCCGUUGGCCUGAUCAAGCCGUAGCUGAGCUUCAUUCCCGACGCUACAAGGCAUUUCUGAUUCUUCUAGACUGCCAGCUUGCCAUUCGCAAAGUCAUGAAUCCCAUAGAACGGGCGAGCGCGUAUUAGACAAGGACGAAAAGAGCUGCUUAUGUAACGACCAGCCGAAAAUUCCAGUUUGGGUGGAUAGUGUGAAAACUUCAACAAGUUAUAUACAUAUAUACGCUUAAAAUAAGUGACGGAAUGUAUGCAAACGUUUUUUUUACUUGGCUAUACUGUUCGAAUGGUAGGGAAAUGUAUUUUAACAGGAUGGAUAUCUAUAUAUUUACAGAUUAAGAGUGAACAACUUACAGACUUUGCAAAAACAAGUAGGUAUGAAAAACCGAAAAAAAAAAACUAACAGAUAAAAAAAAAUGUGAAUUAAUUGUUUCUUUAUUGAAGUAAUUAAGUUCUCUUUCUGUAUACUCGGCGUAGCAGGCGAAGGCCGAAUAGAAAAGCUUUCCUAUCAUUUACGCUAGAGGCACCAAAAUUUUUGCCAAUUUAGUUUAGCGUUUUUCGUAUGUUUGCAAAUAGAUUAUUUUUCUAACAAAUAAUGCCAUUCCGUAAAGUUUUGAAUAGUGUACGUCUGCAUAUUUCCAUGCUUGAUUUUACGCUGAAAUUGCCGAAAACUAUUAAGAUUUAAUUUGAAGAAGACUGUUUCUCACUAAAAACAGCUACAAAAGGUUUCUACUAAUUGUGUAUUAAGAAAAAAAGUUAGUUGUUGUUGCAAAGUUAUUGUGAAGAUUUUAAAGCAACCAUUGUAUACGUGUUCUCAAACAGCGAUCGAUAAGUUAGUAAUUAAGGAACAAAUCAACAUUGUUCGAGUACAUCAUUUAAAUUAUACUACCUAAAUUAAGGGUAUGACGUAAUAAUAGGAACGCAUAACGCAGCAUCCAACUGGACAGAAAUUUACGGCUGACGUGUAGCAUGAUAUCAGCACGUUUGAAAGCGUUCGGCUAUAGGUAUACAUAUUGUGGGCAGAAGAUAGGACGCACUAAAUGAUUCAUUCCGACUCUAUUCCUAGCUCACUACAGAGUAAUUUUUACCGAAAGUUUAACAAAUUCCUAUCGACGUUCAGCACGCUAGAGAGAAAACAGGAACAAGGCCUACCCUGCUAACAAUAUGGGCCAUAUAUACGUCGCCGGUUGUACUUUGGUUUUUGGUCAGGUCAGACUUCUCAUGAGUGUCAUUUCAUAGAGCAGAGUACCUUUAUCGACGAGAUAAAAUCGAGUAGACGCAAUUUCGAAAUCAUCAUUUUUCGAUAUCCAUCCCAAUUGUGCUACACGGUUAACGAAUAAGGCCUUCCGUCUACGCAAGGAUAUCCCUUAAAACCGGUAUUACUACUCGAAAGAUUAGUCGUUACGUCGAAAAGGUUGAACUGCCACCUUCGUCAUUGAAUGAACAAGCCAAGUCUGCCAGAAAGACCUUUUUCAUUCUGAAAUCGUAAAGUUAUACAGUUGCCCUUUUUGUGUGUGUGUUUAUUUUGAAUGUAUUUGGACUUCCGCAUAAUCACUCUUCUUCUAUUAUUUACGAGUCACAUGAUCCGGCUAGACUAACAGAUUUGGAUCGAUUUCAUAGAUGAAAUUUUCAUUCAAACGUUGAAAAGCAGGUAUAGGUUAGAAAUAGUGCUCAUCCGAAUACAUAUUCUAGUAGUACGUAUUAGAUGUUUACAAGAAGACCUUUUUGAUGAAAUUGUGUGUGUGUGCUCACCCGGGAAGAAUAUGUUACAUAUUACCGAACGAGGAAAACAUGCCACGCGCAUGCUGUAAGCUGAAGACUAUUCGCCUGCUAUAAAUUUGUCGGACUGUCCUUGUGGGAUUGUGCUCGAGAGAGACGAGACCUCAAAUGAAGAGCACCGGUAUAUAACGGCGAUUCGUUUUUUUAGAAUGAACUGAGACAGCACAGAAUGUGGAUAAGCCACAUGUACAAACACAAAGUAUCGAUAGCUUAGUGAAAAAUUUAUUUAAAAAAAAGGAUGCUUAAUUGCCGCGAUCCAAAUGGCCUAGAAAGACAGAAUGUACACCUGGAAUAACAGCGUUUCAGGAUGGAAAUCUAUUUUCUGUUAAAAAAAAAUAUUUUCAGAACUCUCAGUCGUUAGAAUUACUUCACAAGCCGAAGGAUAUGUCAAACUUUGUGUGCCUCAUGGUUUUAAGAGCUCAACAACCGCCAAUUGGACCAGCAAAUACUGGAGUGUAGCCAAUAUCUAUCGUCUAUUAAGAAGUCGCACCGUUGAAGUUGCUUCUUUUUACGCAUGGUACUGACUACAGAUCUUUCGGGACCCUACUUGCGGCAUUUUUCGAGAUAGCGCUCAUUCGCUCAUUGCUUUCAUUACGUCAAAGAUUACUGCAUAAAAUCUCAAACUAUAAUGUAUACAAGCCGACGUAUUGAGACAACGAACGCCGUUUUCAGAAGACAAAAUUCGGUGACGUUUGCCGGUGACUUGUUAGAACGUCGGGCAGACACCAUCAAACAUAGCGGACAAAUUCAUAUUUUUAUAGAUCCUAAAUAAAAGCUGGAGUUCAUGCUUUAAAGAAAUACGAGACAAAAGUUUAAUGUAUCUAAUCGCAUACGUAAUACAUACCUGUUGCGAGACAUCGUAUAUUUAAUUGCCCCAACUAAAGCUGCUUUUUUUGAAGUACUCUUCGCCGGAUGUAAAACACUUAUGUCACCAUUUUUUCCAGUUCUCAAGACACUUUGCGAUAGCCCUCAAAGAUUAUUCUUUUAGUUUUUCUACUGCAUCAAUACGCUCCCUUUCAAAAGAAAACUGGGGAACGUUGCAAGGAACUGGGUACAAUCAAUACGGGGGUUCGGGCAACACAUACAUAGAAUCUCUUGCAAACACUGCUGUAUGUAUAGUGAAGUGUUGGCCUAUUGAUUAUCGUGUCGAGGAUCCAGAACUUGGUGUGCCCCAGU